AUGUUCCAAACUAAUGCAUUGGCAAUGAUGCUUCGCGGUCAAGGGCAGAAGCUUCUGUUGCGCAAUAGUAACAUCAUAUUGAGAAGCCCUAUUACGAUACCUUUGUUACGGUCCGGUAUUUCAAGUAUAAAUAAGGGUUGCAAUUGGAGUUCGCCAAUCAAGAGGAUUCAAGCCAGCCAUUACUCAACUUCAACUUGGAGACGGAUUUUCGAGAGUGAUACUGGAAUUGAUAGAUAUACUCGUCUCAACCGAUUUCAACAAUACGGUGGUCCCAAUAACAAUAAUAAAAAAAAUUCACUAGGAGUGCUUACUUUUACAGGCCUGGGUAUCAUUGCAGGUGUUUAUUUUAUAUCUCCUUAUCUUUUCCAGUAUGUGCCGCCAUUUACUUACUUCCAACGACAUCCAAAGAGUCUAGUAUACGGUAUUCUAGGUGUGAACUUUUUGGUAUUUGGGUUGUGGCAAUUACCUCGUUGUUGGCCGUUGUUACAAAAAUACAUGUUACUAUCAAAAACACAUGUGACUAGCAAGUGGUCUCUUAUAGGAAGUGCAUUUUCACAUCAAGAGUUUUGGCAUCUCGGUAUGAAUAUGUUAGCAUUAUGGUCUUUUGGUACUAGUUUGGUGCAAGUCCUAGGAGUGUCAGAUUUUUUCUCAUUAUACAUGGGGAGUGCAAUUACUGGUUCAUUAUUUUCCCUGUGGUAUCCCAGAAUUGCACGUCUGGCUCUCAUGGGACCAAGUUUAGGAGCCAGUGGUGCAUUAUUUGGUGUUUUGGGUUGCUUUUCAUACCUGUUUCCCGCAUCCAAGAUUCUAUUAUUUGUUUUCCCAGUCCCAGGUGGUGCAUGGGUCGCCUUCUUAGCAUCUUUAGCCUGGAAUGGUGCUGGCUGUGUGCUUAGAUGGGGAUCUUUUGAUUAUGCUGCUCAUUUAGGUGGCUCUUUAUUGGGUGUUUUCUAUGGUUGGUAUAUAAAGCACAAGAUCGAUCAACGUAGAGAGAAACAAAGAAGGAGACAAACUGUAGUGUGGGGGUCAGGUGGUAGAUCUGGCUGGUUCUGA